CACAGCCUAAUGUAUUCUUCCACCGCACAUUCUCAUGCUUUUCUGCUUCCUUUUCUUCUCAGCCCCGCCCCGCUUGCACUUCACCUACCUAUACAGCUAUAGCUAGUGGCACCCACGACAACCACACCUAUUCUAAUCUCUGAGCCCUAUAUCUUUCAUGACUUUUGCCGUCUGAUUGUUAUAUAUUAUGAGAGUUUCUUUCUCUUUGAGUUCGCCAUGAAAUUUGAAGACCUACUAAUGCAACGAAGCGACGAGCGGCAGAGAAGACUCGACCUCGAGGAAGAGGUCAAGGAGUUACAAGCAGAACUAGACGGGGAAGAGGCACUCAACAGGGUUUUGCGCUUUGCACUACAAGGCCCAGUUUCCUCCCAUUUAAGUCUUUCCUCAUUGGUUCCACCUCAGGUUCAGGUGCUUCUGGAAGAGCUAGCAAUGGUACAGGAAGAGAUAACAUGGCUGGAGAGAAAAGUUGAGGAACUGAAAUUAAGGUUGCACCAAGAAAGGGAAGAGAACAAAGAAAGGGAAAUCCAGCAGUUAAGAAGGCUGCCAGAAAAUAGUCAUGACUUGCUAUGUGUCCCUGAUAACUGGUCAUUGCUUGAUGACCAGCGUUCCAGAUCACAAAAUUAUGAUGAUUUUAGGAAAGAGAGGAUCACAAGGCAAAGAAGACUUUCGUUGGGUUCUGUUUCAGAAAUUCUAAGCAUGCCUUCUACAAGAGCCAAUGAAGAAUAUCAAAUGUUGAGGAGGCAUGCCAGGAGAAUGAACCGAUAUCAACACCAUAUUAAUAAAGAAGCUGCCUUCGAGAAACCAAAUGAACUCUCAGAGAAACUAAUAAAGUGCCUAAUCGGCAUAUUUCUUGAGCUAAACAGGGCAUCCCUGGACAGAGAAGGAUCCGCUGUAGUUCCCAAGCUUACUCUCCCCUGCAUGAAAUCAAAAGGCUUCAUAGCAAAGACCACAUUCAACUCGUGCAGAACAGUACCCACAUUCCUAUUCAAUGACAGCACCUCCAAUCUCGAUCCUUAUAAUGGCAUGUUGGCAGAUUUAGAUGGCGCUGUCAGGGAUGUUGGUCCAUACAAGAACUUCAUCCAAAUCACAAGAAGCUCAAUAGACAUCGGCCGGUUCUCGGAGUGCUUACCGGCGAUGAGGAAACUGAGGGUUUUGAUGCACAAGCUAUGCAAUGUCAACUUGACAUUUUUGACCUACAAGCAGAAGCUAGCAUUCUGGAUCAACGUCUACAAUGCCUGUAUAAUGCAUGCUUUUCUAGAACAUGGGCUACCCUCUACACAGGCGAAACUACUUGUGCUUAUGAACAAGGCAGCAGUGAAUGUGGGAGGAAUAGUACUGAAUGCUUUGGCUAUCGAGCAUUUUAUUCUCCGACAUCCAUAUGAACCACAGCAAGGCCCAUUGGAUGAGAAGGAAACACUGCUAAGGCAUGCCUAUGGUCUGGGGUAUCCAGAACCCAAUGUCACAUUUGCUCUUUGCCGGGGCAGUUGGUCCUCCCCAGCAUUAAGGGUGUACACUCCAAAUGAAGUAGUGAAUGAACUGGGCAGGGCAAAAGUGGAGUAUCUGGAAGCUUCAGUGGGAGUCACCAGCAAGAGAAAGAUUGUAGUGCCCAAGCUUCUGCAAUGGCACAUGAGAGAUUUCGCAGAUGGCAUGGAAUCUCUACUAGAAUGGAUUUACAGCCAAUUGCCGCGCUCUGGGUCAUUGAAAAGAUUGAUGAUGGAAUGUCUAAAUGGGGAAACAAGAUCUCGUAUAACAAAAAUGGUAGAAAUCCAACCUUAUGAAUCUGAGUUCCGCUACCUACUGCCUUUCUAAAAAGAAGAAGAAGAAGCAGCUCAGUAUAUUACGAUUGUAAUUGUUUUUAGUACAACUCUACAGAGAUUUUUAGUCCAUAACGUUAAAUGCUAAAUUCCAAAUUAUUCUCGAAAGAGUUGAGAAUAAGAAAGAGAGACAGAAUUAACAUGGUUCGACCAUAUAAUCUACAUUCACAUGUUAAAGGUUACAUCUUUCCUUGAUUAUUUGAUUGUAUAUAAAACUCUAUUUAU